UACUUUCUAGUGAAGAAUCUACUUGUGGUAUCUAGUGAAGAAUGUUGGAUUUAAAGAACAGCAUAGAAUUAUACGCUCCAUUUCUGAGCAACUACUGGCGCCAUUUGUUGUCUAUAGGUGUUGCUUACCUCCUAGCAUUGUAUUUCCUUCGUAUAUCAAAACGGAGGGUAGAUGCACCUGACAAAUCCAACGCGUGUGAUGAAGCUAUUGUUCAAGAUUCAACAGAGAAUUUGGCACAAGUCUUCAAAAGUGAGGAAGAAAGUGAGCAGAUACCCUACCAACACCAAAAUAUGUUGUCAGAAAAAGAAAUGCAGAAAAAAGCACAAGAUUUUUACAACUUCAUGAACCAAAGACGUUCUGUAAGGUUCUUCAAUAAAGACCAAAUUCCAUCCCUUGAUAUUAUAAAGACCAUCAUUCACACAGGUAGCACGGGCCCCUCAGGAGCCCAUAUGCAACCAUGGACCUUUGUUGUAAUUUCUGAUGUGAAGGUUAAAAGAGAAAUUAGGAAAAUUGUUGAGGAUGAAGAGGAAAUUAAUUAUCGUCAACGAAUGGGUUCCCAGUGGGUUAAUGCCCUCAAGCCAUUGAACACAAACUGGUGUAAACCAUAUCUUGAAAAUGCACCAUAUUUGAUAGUUGUGUUUAAGCAGGUAUAUAAGAUAACACCUGAUGGCAAACAACCUACAUAUUAUAAUGAAAUAAGCACAUGUAUUGCUACUGGUAUCCUACUGGCUGCAAUUCAUAAUGCUGGUCUGGUCACAGUCACCACAACACCACUGAACUGUGGUCCCAGACUGCGUAUUUUGUUGAACAGACCAGUUAAUGAAAAACUACUGGUGCUUUUACCAGUUGGGUUUCCAGCCCAAGAUGCAACAGUCCCAGAUCUGAAGAGAAAACCGCUUGAGCAGGUUAUGGUUCAUAUCUGAAAAAACAGUUGGGUCACCAAUGAACAACUAAGUCAACUACUGGAGACAUACCUACUCUUAAUCCAAGACUGGAUUAUUAGCAAAGCAAAUCUUAUUUUAUAUAUAACAAAGCAAAUCUUAUUCUCAUAUGUAACAUAAAAUUAAUAAUAUCAAUCAAAUUGAAAG